AUGCCGCGCGCCGUGCUUCUUUCGAGCGGCGACGAGUCCGGCGACGGCGCACCUGGUGAGCAUCAGCUCUUCGAAGACCAGAGCUCCGGCUCGUCAUCGAACGGCAGCGACAGCGGCGACGAUGACGACGACGACGAUUCUCACAAUGGUCGCCGCUCCGGUUUCUUCGACGUCGAGGCGGAGGAGUCCGACGGCGACGCCAGCCACGACAGUUCACACGCCGAAUCCGAUCUCGACACCACGCCUGGCCGGCCGUCCAGCCGUCGCACCUUUGCGCAGUUUAUGCAGCUGCCACCCGAGCUUCGCAGUCGCGUCUGGGAGCACUUCUGCCCGGACCUCGUCACCAAAGCCCGCUUCCUGCAGUUUGUCCUGGCUCCAGCCUCGGCUGCGGCGGUGCUGCGGUCUUCUUUAUCCGACAUGUGGACCGCCAGGGACAAAGUGUACCUCGCAGACCAGACGCAGUCUUUGCGCUGCCUCAUGGCCGCCCACCGAGAGUCGCGGGAAAUGGGCUUGCGAGUCUUUCCCCACACGCUCGCCAUCGAUAGCGGCGACGGCGAUUGCGAUGGGAUUGUGUGCUUCAACAAGCAUCUCGAUGUCAUCUUCGUCGACGGCAUCGAGCACCUGCACGCAGGCCGUCUAUGCCACCUACCGGGUUUCGCCGAAAACAUCGUCAAUGCUGCCACCGUCGGCUGGAUCUCUCCAUUCGACGAUUGGGGCGGCGCGCGCGUUCGUGCAGCCCUGCGCCUCUUUCCAAAUAUUCAAAGGCUAUACAUCUGGCAGAGCGACUAUGACCUCAAGAAACGGGACCUUCACUGGGCCGUCUCCGACUGUGUGCAUCAAUACUUGAUGGAAACGUUCGAGAAAGGGAUUGGACUGGGCGAGGACACGGAGACCAUUGCGUGCUGGCCAGAUGUAGAUCGCCACCCCGACUUUGCCAAGUUCCAAAUCCCCCCCAUCCAUGUGCGCGGCCGGCCAAAAGAGGUAGACCGGUUGGUACAGAAGCGUGGCGUCCACCUCUGGCCCAUCGUCACCUUCGAAUUCGGAGCUGGUAUGACCCGGUACAAAAAGCUGCUGCAAGUCAAGGACGUACCCUACCCUGAUGGCUUUCUCGACAGCUCCGACGAGUCGAGCUCCACGUCGUUUUCCGACAUGGACCACGAUGAGUAUGAGAGCGAGGGCAUAGAUGACGAUGAACUCAUCCAAGACUCCUCCUCCGAGGAUGACCUGAUUUCCGAUCAACUUUCCGAAGGGCCUCUUUCCGCCAGAGAGCCGUCGGGCGGCAAAUUCUCGAGCCCAGAGCUUGAUACUGAAGACGAGAUCGCUAGCGGCCCGCCAGAGCCUGAACUGCCAAGGCGGCCGCCGAAGCGCAGAAUCGUCACCGACUCUGACGACGACUCGUCCGCGCCCGACGAGCCAAGGGCCAAACGGGCUCGGAUAUCCCGCCCCGCGGUGGCGGACUCGGACGACGAAACGGACCAAGCCCUGGAACAGCCACGGCGGGACGCGGGGCCACGGAGGCGCACCACAAAUAUUUCAGAAUCAGACUCGGACGGCCACUCUGGCGGCGCAGAGGCUCACCCGGAAGACGGCGCGGGAAGCUCGUCGGACGGCGACUCGGAUUCGGAUCCACCGCAGCAACGCAUGUCCCUAGCAGAGCGGCUGCAGGCUCAUCGCGACGCCCAUCCCCUCCCGCCGUCCGACGAGGAGGGGUGUUCCACUGAGGACGACGAAGAGGACGAGGAUGACGACUCGGCCGACGAGGACGGCGGGUGCCUGGUUGACCGAAUGGCCUCCGAGUCGGACGGGGAGGGUGAUGAAUUCGAAAGGGAGUGGUGA